AAUAUUUUGAUUGGCAGUUGUGUGACACUUACCCGUCAGAGCUGUUUGUGCCAAAAUCAGCCUCUCCUGCUGUCAUUGUGGGCAGUGCCAAGUUCCGGAGUCGAGGACGUCUUCCUAUUCUCUCCUACUUCCACAGAGACACCAGUGCAUCAAUCUGUCGGAGCAGUCAGCCUCUUUCUGGUUUCAGUGCACGUUCCUCAGAUGAUGAGCAGAUGCUACAGGCCAUUAUGAAGUCAAACCCCGUCAGCGAGUUAAUGUAUGUGGUGGACACAAGGCCAAAGCUAAAUGCCAUGGCUAAUCGUGCUGCGGGGAAGGGCUACGAGAACGAAGACCAUUACACUAAUACAAAACUGCAGUUCAUUGGCAUAGAAAACAUCCAUGUCAUGAGGAACAGCCAACAGAAGCUUAUAGAUGUUGGUGAACUUGUGGCUCCCUCAAUGAGUGAUUUCCUGUGGGGUCUGGAGAACUCUGGAUGGCUAAAACACAUCAAAGCUGUACUAGAUGCUGGAAUCUUUAUUGCAAAGGCAGUGGCAGAGGAUGGAGUGAGUGUUCUGGUGCACUGUUCAGACGGCUGGGACAGAACAGCUCAGGCCUGUUCGGUGGCUAGUGUACUACUAGAUCCAUACUACAGAACUAUCAAAGGACUGAUGGUUCUUACUGAGAAGGACUGGGUAUCAUUUGGACACAAGUUUUCCCACAGGUACGCUCACCUUGACGGUGACCCUAAGGAGGUUUCUCCAGUCAUGGACCAGUUUCUGGAAUGUGUGUGGCAGCUGAUGCAGCAGUUCCCCUGUGCGUUUGAGUUCAAUGAGCGAUUCCUCAUACAGCUACACACACAUAUAUACUCCUGCCAGUACGGGAACUUCAUCGGCAAUUGCCAGAAAGAGAGGAGAGAUUUGAGGUUACAGGAGCGAACGCACUCUUUGUGGCCGCACCUGUGGGAGAACAGGGCUGAAUACACAAACCCUCUGUACAGGACAGACCACAGCCAGACACAGGGGGUUCUGAAACCUCUCACCACUGCCUACUGCUUCAAGUUUUGGAAGGGGAUGUACGGCCGUGCAGAGAAAAGUGUGGCUUCACACCAGUCUCCAGCCGAUUGCCUGAACGUGGUGAGGGAGGAGUCACAACAAUUGGAGGAGGAGCUUAGCACCCACCAGGAGAGACUUGCCCAGCUGAAGGAGAAGAAAACUUCAGGGGGGAGGAAGAAGACCAACAAGCUGUCUGAACGUGUCCGCCGUCCAAUUCCAACCGAGAGCAAACCCAGCAGCCCUCUAGACUACUUCACCACCACAAGAAGCGAGAAACACACUCCUUCCUUCACACUGCCACUAGAGUUAGCAGCCCCACCCAAGAACGGUGACCCUGAUGACCUUUCAACCUGCAGUGAUUUCGAGUCAGGCGUGGCUGACCUCAGCAGCCACUCCUCUAGUGCUGGAGACGACGCUAAGGACCCCGAUUCAGAUGAGGCGGUCAAAACAAACGCCUGAACUAAAAC